GCCACCCUGCUGCCCUUUACACGCCGUGUGACCACUAUUACAUGUUUUUUUUCUCUUCCUGACCCAGAAGCGGAGGGAUGGGACCCGGGCAGUGAGAGACUGAGGGGGCAACUGGGGUACUUUGUCACUCCCACACGCCCGCGAUGGCGGCGGCCGCGGAUCUGAGGGAAGAGUUAAACUGCUCCGUGUGCCUCAGUAUUUACUCGGAUCCCAUAAUGCUCCCCUGUGGGCACAAUUUCUGCCAGGGCUGCAUUGGGCGGGUGCUGGACACCCAGGAGGGCACAGGGGUAUAUACUUGCCCCGAGUGCAGAGCAGAGUACCCGGAACGCCCCGCCCUGCAGCGGAACAGAACUCUGGGUAACAUAGCCGAGCGCUUCCUGUGUGCCCAGCCGGGGCCGGGCGGGACGGGCAUCUACUGCACUUACUGUAUCCAUUCGCCCGUAGCCGCCGCCAAGUCCUGCCUCCUGUGUGAGGCGUCGCUGUGCGAGUCCCACGUUCGGGUGCACAGCCGCUCCGCGGAACACGUCCUGGUAGAACCCACCACCGCCCCCGAGAAGAGGAAAUGCUCCGCCCACGGGGAGCCCCUAAAGUAUUACUGCUACGAGGAUUCCGCGUGUAUCUGCGCGUCCUGCUGCCUGGGCGGCCAACACAAGCGCCAUAGGGUGGAGCUGCUCAGCGAGGCCUCCGACAGGAAGAAGGAGCAACUGCGGAAGGUUCUGCUGAACUUGCCCUUGAUGAUAGAGGAGACGGAGCGAGGGGCCCAGAAGCUGCAGGAGCGCCGGGUACAAAUGCAGGAACAGGCGGCCGGCGAGAUGGAUCGGGUCGUCGCGCUAUUCGCCGACAUCAGGGAGCGGCUGGAAGCCCUAGAGCGCCGAGUGCUGAGCGAAAUCGCCCGCCAGGAGGAGGAGCUUACAGCCCGGGCUUCGGAGCUGAUCCACCAAUUGGAGAUAAAGAAGGAGGAGCUUUCCAGGAAGAUCCUACAGACGGAGGAGCUGUGCAACAUGGCCGAUCCACUGGCGGUCCUACAGACCCAUGACUCCGAUGAGCAUGAUGGUGUGAGAGAGAGCCAGGAGCCCAGGGGCCCUUCUUUGGGUGAUCUGAAUGAGGAUCUGAUCUCGGAGACGUUGCACGCCGGCCUAGAGAGCAUCGUCAUGGCGGCCAAGGGACUGGGGGUCUACGGGAAGGGGGCCGCGCACGUGUUACUGGACAUAAACACCGCUAGUAACAACGUGGCCGUGUCGGAGGACAGGAAAACCGCAUCGUGGACUUCCACCAAUCAGCUGCGGCCCCAGACGCCUCCCCGAUUUAUCGGGUACCAGAUCCUAAGCACCAACUCCUUCACCUCAGGGCGACAUUUCUGGGACAUGGAGGUCAGCGAAUCGGGGAGCUGGAGGGUCGGGGUGGCCUAUCCCAGUAUCGGGAGGAAGGGGAACCAGUUCUGGAUCGGGAAUAACAUCAAGUCGUGGUGCUUGUGGCGGUGGAACAACGCCUACUCGGUGAGGCACGACCAGCACGGAACCGACCUGCCCCUCCUCCCCUCCUGCACCAGAAUCCGGGUCUCGCUGGACUACGGGGCCGGGCGCCUGUCCUUCUAUGAACUGAGCGAGCCAAUCACGCAUCUCCACACCUUCACCGCCACCUUCACUGAGCCCCUCCACGCGGCAUUCUGGGUAUGGAAGGAUACCCUGAGGGGACAUUCCCUGGUGAGACUGAUCAGCUAGAAUAAUAAGGAAAACCGGAUCUGUACCGGCGCCGAGGGGCCGUUUCUGGGCGGUACCUCCAUAUACAGGGAUUUUGCCUUCGAGUUGGAUGUAUAUAAACAAAAGAUAUAAAAAUAUACUGUUUUUAAACCAAUAUUAUUACAACUAGGGGGUAUUUUAGGCCCUUUUUGGGGAAAUCUUAUUUAUUAAGUGAUUUCUUAAUCUUUAUUCUUUAUUGUAUUUAUAGAUAAUUACUUGCAGUACCACUUCCCACCAGAUUUCCCCAUAGGACUUUAAUGCAACAGCGCCACUGUCUGACUUGCACUGCAGAGAAGGGAUUGGUGGAAUCACUUUUAAACCAAUCAGCUUCCAGAAAUGUCAUGGACUUUGUUGUACUUGAGGCUGGCGGGGGCCCUUUUGCUGCUUAAAGGGGGGUUAAUAUUUAGUAUGUUAUACAGUGGCCAAGUCUAAGCACCUUUUCAAUUGGUCUUCAUUAAAAAAAUACUGCUCUGUGAAGCUCCAGUUUUAUUGUUACUGUUACUUUGUAUAGCUUAUUUUUCUAUUUAGCCCCUCCCCUAUUCAUAUACCAGCCUCUCAUUCAAACCACUGCCUGGUUACUAAGGUAUUUUGGACCCUAGCAACCAGAUAGCGGCUGAAGCUCCAAACUGGAGAGCUGCUGGGAAAAAUAGUGAAAUUAUUAAAAAAAACUACAACAAAUAAAAAAUGAAGACCAAUUGCAAACAGAAUAUUACUCUCUAUAUCAUACUAACAGUAACUAUGGGCCCAGUGACCCCUCAGGCCCCAGCCUCGCAUGGAACCUGCAGAACUGCACCCAAAUGGUAGGGGCCCCAGAGAUGCCCAAGCGUUCCAAUGGGAGGAGACUGUGUAACCCCUCGUGUGCCUCAUUGUGGCCUCCAGCUUGCUUAAUCCCGGCUUUGCCUUGUUUUAUCUACCUGCCUACUUACCUGCUUUCUUAUCUAUCUAUCUACCUACCUAUUUUAUUAUUUAUUUACCUACCUGUACUGCAAUAAAGUUCAUUUCUGUCCUUCA